AUGGCGCUUCGAAGAUCGAUCAGAGUUUGCAAUAUGUAUGACCCGAGGGUUUUUCGAGAGCCGAUCACCGAUUUAAAGGAGGUGAGCAGGAAAAUUUUGGAGAAAAUUCUAAUUAAUUUUUCUUUGCAGUUGCGAAAACCACUGGACAAAGAUGACGAAAGAAAUUUCCUAUUCGUAAAAGCGAUGAAAAGCGACGAGACUCCGACAUUUUACAAAGAUCGAGUGAUCGAUAAAAUGAUUCGUGUUUGCACCAAAGAUGGGCAAAAAGAAACGGCGCGACAAAAUGUGCAAAACGCUUUGGAAAUCAUCAAAAGACGUCAGUAUAAAGCGUGGAAGAAGGCUGAAACUGAAGAGGAGCGGAAGACGAUUGAAUUGGAUGCUUUUAAAGUGGCGAAGCAGGGAAUUCGAAAUUGUCAUCCGCUUAUGAAAUUGCAGGGUGUGACACGGGGUGGAACCACUUAUCAGGUUCCUUUUCCGAUUGAGGAACCUGAAGCCGAGUUUCGCGCGAUGAAAAUGAUGAGAGAUAUUUGUAGACAACGGGCAAAACAUGGAGAAACGCAUUUUAAGUGAGGAUUUUUGAAAAUUAUGGCCUAGAAAACCAAAUUUCUAUAUUCUAAAGCCUAGAAAUCUAGAUGUUUGGAUUUCUAGAUCAUGGCCUAGAAAACCAAAUAUUUUUCUUAAAGGGACAUCCUGGCCACAGAACUAUUGGCAGCUAGCCAAAACGAAGGAUCAACAAUUCAAGCGAAACAAGAAUUGCACAAAACCUGCGAAGCGAAUCGAGCCUACGCACAUUAUCGCGCCUAA